AUGCCCACCAAGGUCAGUCGUCCCAAGAGAUACCACUGCUCCUACCCAGAUUGUGAAAAAAGUUACAACAGACCGAUUCUUCUACGACAGCAUGAAAACUCCCACACAAACGAGCGCCCCUUCAAGUGCACGGAGCCGGGGUGCGAUAAGGCCUUCUUCAAGAAGUCGAAUCUAGAUGACCAUUCAUACAGCCAUAAGCCCAUGAGCGAAAGACCUUUUGCAUGCAGUGUUUGUCCCAAGAAGUUCAUCAGUCUGGACAGGCUACGUAAUCACGAGCUUAUUCACACAGAUCGCUUCAAGUGUACUCGAGACGGCUGCGAUCGAGCUUUUGCCAGUCGCCACGGACUAAAGCACCACAUAAACGUAUUUCAUGAUCGUGUUCUUACAUGCGACUUGUGCAAUCGCAACUUUGGUCUGCCACGGCUUGUUCAACAGCAUCGCUUGAAGGUCCAUAGCGAGGCCUCUGCUUAUCCGUGUUCAGUCAAUGGAUGCUACUCCAUCUUCGCUAACGAAGCUAAACUCGUUGCACAUGUUCAAGAAAAGCAUCCAAAAAGCGAGUGCCCGGUCUGCAAGGAAAUAUUCGUGGGACCCGAAUCUCUUGCUAUUCAUAUGUCUGUUCACAACGAAGAUGCUACUCUUUUAUCUCAGUGUGGCAUAUGUGGCGAUAAGUUCGUGAACAAGGCCGAUUUGACCAACCACUCACGAAACGUUCAUGGCUCUGAACUGGCUGACUCUGUAUCUGGAAGUGCACUCGACUUGUACUUGGCUAAGUCUGAAAACCCGUCUCUACACGGUUUUACGAGAGGUGGCGAUCAGAGAGUGCAAGUUAUUGCCGAUGAAUCUUCUCGUCCAAAAACAAGGGGAAGAAAAAAAAUCAUUAAAUCCCUUCCUGCCCCAAAAUCUGGUUCAUCAGUCAUUAGUAUUGUGACUCAAGCCACCCGAAAAGACGUUCACGUUUGCCCUUUCGAAAAUUGUCAUAAAACAUAUGUAAGGCGAUUUUUUUACGACAGACAUCUUCAAAUACAUCAUGGACUUAUUGACAAUCCCGAAAAGAUGAACAAUAGUGAUGUGACCACCACAAACGAUACAUUUCAAGACUUAUACAGUAGUGUAUAA